GUUGCCAGGGAGUUUGUUUCGCCAUGCAGCAAGCGUGGGAUCGGACGAGCAGCACGGAGAGCGUCAAGGGAGCCCACGCGAAAAUGUUGGGGAAAGGACAAAGUGGCGGAUACGCCCCCGAAACAACAGGGGAACUCCUGCAGAGUGCGGUGCCUUUGGACGGCGCCGAUAAGAAGUACCUCCAGGGAGGCGCGGGCAGCGUGCAGGCGGGACCUCAGCAGCAGAACCAGCAGCUCCUGUUGACCCCAGCCAGCCUCCAGCUGGCUCAACUCCAGGCCCAGCUCACCCUCCAUCGUCUGAAAGCGGCUCAGGGUGGCAACUCAGCCGCUGCUGCCACUCUUCUUAAUCAGGUUCUCUCCAAUGUCGCCAUGUCCCAACCCCUGUUCAAUCAACUACGGACCACUAUGGUUGGAAACCCUCAGGGCGCCUUCCCCACAGGGGUACUUGGUUUUUCCUCUUCAAAUUCCGCCCUGGGUGCCAUGGUUGGAGGCGGAUUCAACCAAAACCCAGGCAAUGUGAGAUUGAACCACCCCGGCGGAGGGGGGACGGCGGGCCAACAUGGUUCUGAGUAUGGUAAAACCUCUGCGUCAACUUACCCUUCUGAUACUGACAGACGUCUUCAGUACAACGUAGUUGGUGGCACAUCUGGCGCGUCGGCCCCAGCUGGUGAUGGACAGUACGCGGCGAUCAACACUCAGGCCAAAAACAUGAACAAUGUCGGUUUUCAGAGAGAUUUCUAUGGGCGUGACGUGCCGGGACAACUAGCUGCGUUCAGCGCCAACGAGCAGAACCUGAAUGUUUAUAACGCCGCUGGGCAUAAGGAGCAAUGGAAAAGCCCUGCUGACUUGAGUCACACCGGAGGGGCCGAUAGGGUUCCUAAUGCUGUGUGGACAUCGGCUGGGCAGCCAAUUCGAUCCAGAACGGAACUGUAUAACCCAGAAGAGCCGACCCCUGACCCCAAGUUCAAUCCCAGUGGGGUUUCCUCUUUUGCUUCAAUAGGCUCGCAGGGGUUCGGGUGCUACCAGCCCCUGCAUGGAACUGAGGAUACUGUAUCUUCAUGCACCAGGACACUACAGUCCUACCAAGUUAACGAUUACCAUGCUGUCACACCCUCUCAACUGCCCCAUCAGUGCAGCAUCUGUGACAAAAAGGUCUACAACCUCAAGGACUGGGACCAGCAUGUGAAGGGAAAACUACAUCUGCAGAACUGUGCCUUGUACACAAACGAAAGCUCGGCGGUGGUAUCGGCUGGAGCUGCUCACUACUCUGUCGGUAGGUCUUCUGACGGAGGUCUGAACCCGGUGGGGAUGAACUCCAUGGUCUACUCUGCUGCAAGUCAAGAUGUAUCCACAGGAGUUAAUGCAUCAUACUUGCCAGUUGCAGCCAUGAAGACUUAUCCCACGGCAGACACAGGAUUCGUCUCACCCCAGCAGGAGACAAAGCCAUUUCCACCCAGAAAGGCCACAGCUGGACGAGUCGUUCACAUCUGUAACCUCCCUGAGGGCAGCUGCACGGAGAAUGAUGUCAUCAACCUGGGACUACCCUUUGGCAAAGUCACCAACUACAUCCUCAUGCGCUCGACUCACCAGGCAUUUCUGGAAAUGGCAUAUGUUGAAGCCGCUCAGGCCAUGGUUCAAUACUACCAACUUACUCCCGCUAUGAUUAACGAUCAGAAACUUCUCAUACGAAUGUCUAAGAGGUACAAGGAGCUGCAACUCAAGAAACCAGGUAAAGAUCUUCAGUCCAUCAUCCAGGAUAUCACCUCUCAGCGGGAUCGGGAUGAGAUGCAAGAACCCUACAUACCAGAGAGGGCGCGCUCCCGCAGCCCAAUCAGCCGCUCGCUGAGUCCUCAUUCCCACAGCCCCAGUUUUACAUCGUGCAGCUCCGCCCACAGCCCCCAGGGAGCACCAUGCAGGGGUCCGGAGAGAAACAGCAAUGGCCUGGGCCCCCGUCGGGGCUCUUGGGAUUGGUCAUCACACUUAAGAAGGGGCGAGGACGAAAGGGAGAGAGAUGACCCAUGGAGGAAUGGGGGGACUGUGGAUGACAGCCGGCAAAAUGGACGUUCGGCUGACCGUCGGAAGGCUUACCAGAAGCCCUCGGAUCACAUCAGCUCCAGAUCUGCAGAUGAGCGAGAUGGUGGAGGAGGAGGAGGAGGAGGAGGUGGAAGUGAAGGGAUGAGGGGCAAAAGAGACUGGCCCCCACGAGGCAGCCCUCAUGGCAAGUCCUUCAGCUCCUACAGGAACAUGGAGGAAGAGUUCUACGCAAAGGAACAAAUGUACAAGUCAGACAAGCCACCCAGACCUCCAUACCAGCGGCAUGACACCAAGCCAAAGAGGAGGGAUGGUGGCGACUACCACAGCAGGUCGAGGCAUUCUGAGUUUGGGACAACUGAGGAGCCCCUUCGCAGAACACUAGAAGACAAGAGACAGGGUUCACCAGGAAGAGAAAGGAGCAAGAAGACAAGCAGGAGGUACAUCACUCCGGACAAACAUGAGAAAGAAAACACCACUGAAAAUACUGAUCGCAAGUCAAAAGAAAAAUCUGUUACGCCAAAAGAGUCGACUGGAUGUGCUAAAGAAAGAGACGCUGUGAAGGAGGGAGGACGUGGAGAUGACACCGAUGAAGAGUGUUGGUUUCCCAAGAACAUGGAGGAACUGGUCACUGUGGAUGAAGUGGGAGGAGAAGAUGAUUCCAUCAUUGAGCCAGACCUUCCAGACCUGGAAGAGUGUGCAUCCUGCUCCAAAGAGUCUGCAGAGGAAGAAGCAGUGGGGGAGCAGAUGCCACCAACUAGCUCCUCCUCCUGUGAGGUGCAGGAGACAACUAAUGAAAAGUCUGAUCAGGAAAAGUUCUGCGAGGAUGCUGGAGAGCCGGCAGAAACAUCUAUAAAUGAGGAACCAAUGAGUGCUUUAACUGCAGCCAGUAAUGAAGAGCCGGCACCGGGUCCAGUGACUUCUGAACCGCCAAGCACCAACCUUAUUAACUUCCCCAGUGAGGAGUUCAAGGCUGCCCUGGAGCACGCAUGUUUAGAAGAUAAAGCAACCAAAAGUGAGCCGUCAGAUGAGCCAAUGGAAAACCACAUUUCCGUAUCCGAGGAUAACAAAACCUUGGAAAUGAGACCGGUCUCGGAAACCAUCAAUAACGGGGUUCUACACCAGGAUGGCCAUCAUCAAAAAGAGAUUGAGGCCCCCCCGCCAUCCCGUGAGCAGGACAAAGCUGAACACAGCAUCCCUUUGGGAGUGGAGUUCAUUGUGCGAAAGACCGGAUUCUUCUGUAAACUCUGCGGACUUUUCUACAACAGUGAGGCGACUGCAAAGACCACUCACUGCCGCAGCACUGUACACUACAGGAACCUACAGAAAUACCUGUCCCAGCUGGCGGAGGAGAGUCUGUCGGGGAUUAUGGCUGAAACAGCUGCACACUAACAUCUGCUUGACUUCUCACGCCUUGUGCAGCGAGGAGCAGAGGACAGAUUUGUGUAUGUGCUGUUGGUAACAGCUUACGGACAACUGCAGCAUCGAUAAUGUGACACAUGCAAGCUAGAGUAGGAGGACAAUUGCACUUGUUUUGAUAUUUUGGGGGAAGGGAUGUCUGGGGGUCUUUAUUGGCACUGACAACCACAAAUAUCUCAAUUUUGUAAAUACCUUGGGCUACAAUAUUCAAUUUCCAUUUGGGGGUUUACCAAUUUUCUUACAGAUUAUUUUAUUGGAUUGUGUGUGAUGAAAUGUGUUAUUUCCUGGAAUGCAAAUCAUUUUUAAAUGACGUCUAAUUACUGAGAUGACACAUUGUUACAGUAUUGGUUUAUGUUGCAAAAUGACUUAAAAUUUGUGCCAAGGAAUGUUUUGACAGUUAAAAAUAUGAUUCUCAGGUUUGUUGUAUGCAACGAGUGUGUUUAAUGGAUGUACACACUAUUACAUAUUUAUUUAAAUGUGGUGAUCUAAAGGCUGUUGCUGUUUUUCUGUCAUCUUUUCAUCAUAUCAUUUGGAUUGAUAAUAAUUGAACUCUGCAAGAUAUAUGUAUUUCUUGAAGUUUCAUGUUCAAUUAAAAUCAUACAGCAAUCCCAGUCAUAUUUGCCAACAAAUAUAAUGCGUUAAAUAUGGAAGACCUUAAACUGGACCAUUUGUUUUAUUUAUCAGCUAAGCAUGCAAUUUUUCAUCUGCCAAUGAUUCGUUCGUAGGGAUUAUUAAGCCAAAUUCUGUUUUUGUAUACUGUGAAUACUGAUCCUUAUACAUCAAUGAUAUUGUUUUCUUUGACAAGCUUAUCAUAUGAUUUUUGAUGCAAAAAAACGUAAAUAAACAUUCUAAACUGUA